ACUACGUUUUUUGAUUGGCUGUGUGAAAUACAUAUUAUGAACUGUCCAUUAUUCCACGACUCCACGUAUAUAUGGCGACCCUUUUAGCUAGGGUAUUAGACCGACGCUUGGUAAAUAGAAAAUUAAAAAUCAAACUUAUUUUGUAAAUUUAAUCGUAUGCUGCAUUGUAUUUCUUUGAUGAAUUUAAAGUGAUUUUUAAAGAAGUUCGCGCAGGAUGUCUUUAUAUACGGUCAAAGCUUAAAAAUAUCAGGUGUAAUUGCGUUUAUUUGAUUUAUUUAUCAACAUAUUAGGUUAUAACUAAAAUGGAAACUGUUGAAGAGCGUCCUUUUAUUAGCUCGACUAUCGAAGUUGUGAAAUCAAAUACAGUGGAAGAAAACAGUGUGCAUGUUGAAGAAACAAAUGUGUGUCACAAGUCGAAUGGUGUCGACUGUGAGCAAAAAAACGAUGAUCAAAAUGUCGCAGAAACUAACGACAUUGAAGAGACUAAUAUGGGUAAAAACAAAAGCGGCGAGCCUGAAAGUGCUGAGCAAUGUCCUGAAAAAAAUGAUGUACAGUGCGAAAGCAUUCAAAAGGCUGAAAUUAUUAUAAACAGUGCUAGUACAGAAGUUAUAGAAACUGUAACUGAUAACGAAAAUGAUGUACAGCAAGAGCAGUCUCCUGUGACUGAAGUAGUAGAAGUAACUACUGAGAGUGUCAUAGAAGUUGUGGAAAAAGAACCAUGCAAUGAUAAUCAUGUCAACAAUUUGGAAACAUUCGUGGGUGAGCAAGUUCAGUUCGAAACUGAAAUAUUAGUUGAAAAGAAUGAUAACGAUGUUAAUGAGAACCUAUUGAUUGACAACCAAGAAAAUGAUUCUACAGGAAAUAUUUUGAGUGAGUUAGGACCUAAUAUAGAGUUAAGUGAAGUGCUUCGUUCAUCUGAUAUAUCUGAAAAUAAUAAUAGUACGGUCAGGCAAGAAGUUUUCAAUAAAGAGGAAUUGUUGGAUAUCUUGGAAGGUAAUGAUGUAGAACAGGCAGUUGAUAGAGUAGUAGAGGUAUCUCAGGUAAAUCAAAACAAAAUGUUAGAGGCUCAAAUAGCCUUACAACAAUUAGCUAGACUCAAACCUUUUAAAAAAAAGAAGACUAGUACAAGUAAAAAAAAAAAAAGUGAUAGGAAAACCAAUAGCACAGAUAUAUCAAAAAUUGAGUCACAAAUUAAUACUGACAAUGAACAAAUUAAACCUGAAGUUGAAUCAGAAAGUAGUCUUGAUAAGGCACCAAAUACAGAUAAUAUUGUUAAUGUACUGGUCAUGGAUUGGCAAGAUGAUGACCCCACUGAGAGCGUUUCAGAUAACGUUAUUGUGGAAACUGAAGUUUUGUUGAAAGAUACUGAAGAUAUUAAGGAAGCUCAGGAACAAAUUAUAAGCACAGAAGAAUCAGCGGAAUGUGCUUCUGUGGACUCUAGAAUGAGUGAAAACCAAACCCAAAAUUUAAGUAAAAAUGUUGAUGACAAUGCUCCUCGAAGAUUGAGUAGAGUCAUAAAGAAAAAAGUCAUCUUUGAUCCAGAUAAUCCAGACACUUUCACCAAAGGCAAAUCUAUGACAAAAGUCAAAGAUAUUCAAGUCAGUAAAGACCAAACAUCGUCUAAAAAAGUAAAAUUAGAUCAAACAACCCACAGAUCCAAAUCAAAAUCUCCUUUAUCUAAGUUACAAUGGAAGAAACCUUCGCCGAAAAACAGUAAACAAUGUAAAAGGUUGUCUGAAGUAGAUAAAUUAUUAAUGGAUGAGGGAGCAGUAAAUAUGAUAUAUCAACUUACUCCAGAAGCUCCUAAAGGCAGAAAAAAUAUGAAAACAAAAGCAGAGUUUAUAAAGAAGAUUCAAAGCUCUACUCCGGAUAGUAAAGAAAUGAAAUUUAGAGAAAGAAAGAAAGAAUCCUUAAAAUAUGACGAUAACGAAGCUAAAAGAGUUUUAAGUGGGAAGCCAAGAACAUCUUUGAGCAGUUCAGUAAAAUCUCCAUCUGUCAGCGAAGAUUUUGAAACUCACAGUGCUGAUGAUUCGAUUAUCUACAGGCGUCACUCCUCCAGUUCAUACUCUAGCAGUUGUAUGAGCCCACGACGAUUGAGUGAUGUGGAAACUGGAUCUGGACAAAAUGUCCAAAGACAGUCUAAUCAACCGACUUCCAUAGAUAAUAAGAGUGAUACAAAAUCUGUUCCCAAUCUUGAAACUGAUCAACAAACCAGACAAGUCUUUAAGACCGAAGGAAUUAUUGGUACUGAAAUAAUAAAUAAAGAUGACUAUCUAUCUAUUAAGGAAAAAUUAAAUUCAAAGCUGUCACUCGCUCUAAAUAAAAGAAAGCGAGAGUCAUCUAAAUUAGAAAAACCAGCUAAAUUAAAAAAAGUUUUAAAAACAGAAGGAAAUGUCUCUACGACAGAGGUUGACCGCUUUAAAUUUACAACCGUUACAUUGGAUCAAAGAUUAGCUAUAAUAAGUAUCACAAAAAGCCAGCUUAAAAUUUGUGUAGAGGUCUUAAAAGAGUUAGUGGAUGCGCUCAAUUAUGUGGACAGUAGACAAGACAUAUCGGUCACUCUCUUGGUGUCUCAAUGUGGAACACUCACUUCCAACUUCGAUUUGAGUGUCCUGUUAGAUGAGAACAAAGAUAUAAGAGCAAAUAAUGCUUUCGAGCUUGCAGAAUCUGUGCGGUGCGUGCUGGGCGCUGUGGCGCGGCACAGCAAAGUGCUGUGCAUGGGCGCGCGCGGGGCGUGCGCGGGGCUGGCGCUGGCGCUGCUGGCGCUGAGCGACGUGGCGCUGGCGGACGAGCGCGCCUCCUUCGCGCUGGGGCCCGCGCUGGCCGGCGCCGCCGCGCUCUCGCAGCGCUGCCCGCCUCUGCCGCAGGCCCUGGUCAACGACUUGUUGAUAUUUGGACGUCGACUCUCCGCCUCGGAAGUACUACAGGGUGGUCUCGUCGGCCGCGUCCUCUGGCCGGAUAAGUUCGACGAGCAAGUGUACAAUAUAGCCAAAGACAUCGCCUCCCAACCGACACGGACUGUACUGCUGAAGAAAAAGCUUCUCACAUUGAAAAAGAACAGUGAAACCGAGCUAACUUUCCUAACGUGUCUUGAAGCAGAGCGUGAUCUUCUCGUAGAAUAUUGGACUUCAGUGGAGGGCCAAGAACUGCUUCGAGCCACAGUCGACGAAGCAUGAUUCGUUAAAUAACUAAUAGACUAUAUUAGCCAUUAUAUAUCAAUAUACUUUUAUUUUUUUUUAUUUUAACUUUUUCACCAAUAUAAUUCAUAUUGAAGAAAAUGGUGUGUUUAAUGUAUAAUCAUAUACAUAUGUAUAUGAUUAUAACACAACAUUGUAAAUAAUAAAAUUAUACAGCAUAUUAACAUAUUAAAUGUUAGUUAUUGACUAAAUAACUUGAUAAAAUUGAUGCUACUCGUGUAUCAAUGUAGUAAGGUGACAAAGGUUUAAUAUUAUUUAGUUUUAUUUUAAUUUGUCGUAUAGCAUACGACGGACUGUUAGCUAAGUUGGUGUAACGUUGUUUCGAGGUGAAAUUUUUUUGAAUGAAAUAAAAUAAUUAUAAAUCGUUCUAUUAUUGUUAGAAGGUGUUUAGGAUCGUGUCGUCUAUAUUAUAUGUAUUUUAAUCUCACCUUAAUACGAUGCGUGAUAACAAUAUAUUUUGAAACAAUGAUGGGCUAAAAUAUUUGUACUACACCUUAAUAGUAAUGAUUUGUGUAUGCAACCAAUGUACAUUUAUGUAUGGUAUUUUUAAUACGCAAUUAAAUAAAGAAAUUUCUAUUUACAAGUUUGCGAUUUAUUAAAAAUAGUUUUAUAUAAGAACAGGUAACUUAAUUUUCAUUAAGUCAUUGGUUAUAUGUUAUAGCGUUAAAUUGUUUAUGUCUGUUUUAGAUGUUUGAGUUUAUGUAUAUUAGGUAGUUUAUAUGCUUUAUAUUUUAAGCCAAAGUUCAACACAGAAUUUAAAAUUAACGAAAUGUGCACUCAUAGUUCACACUAUUAUAUAUUUAUAUUCCGGUAGGUACAAUUCAUUCCUUUUGCGUACAAAAUUUUUCUCUUCAAUUAACGUUUUGAACUUUACUUUUCGAAUUGAAUUAGAAUUUGUUUAGUGUUUAAUUAAAAUAAGUUAUUACAUUAAGUGUAUAGCAAUAAGUUAUUGUCUGUUUCUUGAAAAAAAAAUUAAAGUGCCUUUCAUAGUA